AUGUUCGACUACGACCAGCAUGGUAUGGAAAGAUCUAAAGAUGGCUGCCUAGAAAUGAGGAAUUUGUGUAAUGUACAGGUUGACGAACAAACGACUACCCAGUGCGAACAGAACGUUAUAGCAGCAUGGGUAGAUACAAGAGAAGGUGGAUGUUACACGUGCCUAGUAAGACAUAUCGAUGAUAUGACAUUGAUAGUGAUGAACCAAGUGAUGAUGGAUGGGAUUGGCGAAGGAGAAUUCUACACCUUCAUCUUGAGAAAGAGUCGUGAGAAGAUGCUGUGCCUGAACUGGCUGAUUGGUAUCGUUGAAAGAGCGCUGAUAGAAGUACGAAGCUUUAACAUGUUGUCAACCCUGUAUCGAACCCAGCUGCAGCCUAUGAGCUACGAGUGCGUUGAUAAUUGCGAGCAAAUGUGGGUCUCCUCGAGACAUCCAGCGAGAGACGAGCAGCCGAUCGAACUCGUAGAAAAUCGUCUUCGCUUCUUCGCUCAUAUAUUGAGAAAACCAGCAGAUCGUUUGUUCAACGUGUUUGAUGAGUUUGUCGAGCUCAAGUUGAAGAAGGCAUCAGCUCCUAUCGGUUCUCUUCUGGCGAAGCUCCCUUGGUUGAAAAGAAAAUUUGUGACCGAACGACAAAGAGCAAACUACAAAGUCGUUAACAGACUAACUGAUGUAUGGUGUCGAUGGCCUUACUUCCUCGGACAAAUCUGUUACCAAUGUGUCGGCUCCGAGGAGAUGAAACGUUUGGUUCUGCUCAGGUGGGUUAAGAGAGUACCUGCUCUUACUGACCAGUCAGGCAUGAAUUUCGAUAGGAGAGCAACUUGUUUUGAGCGUAGAUCAUACUCAAUGGGUGUUCUCAUGUGUUUCUCGGGUUUUGCUGCUUUGAACUCGAUGAUGAGUGCUGCUAUGAUGUGGAAUGAACACAAGUUGCCUUAA